UCCUCAAAUUAGUCCCUGUCUUUGUUUCGCCGUCUGAACCAGGUCCCUGACCGGAAAAAUUUGUGGCAUCAAUCCCUCUUGUUCAAAAAUGUUUGGAGCCAGUCCUCGCCGGAGCUCCGAGCUCCGGCGAGGGAUGAAGUGGCAUGCUGACUGUGUAAAUAAAUGUGACGUGGCACUUAAAAAAAUAAAAAAAUAAUAUAACUUAAUAUAAUAAACACAUAAUUAACCCAAUUAAACUUAAUCUCAUCCUAAGUCUAAACCUAAACCUAAACUAACUAAACAUUCCUAAUUCCCCAGCCAAUUUCCCAAUUCCUCAAUUCAUCAGAAAGUGAAUGAAAUUAGGGUUCAUACCCAUUUCCCCAAUUCCCCAACCAUUACCCAUUUCCUGAAUCGGGUUCCUCUUCUCUUCUCCUUCUUCUGAAUCGCGUUCUCCUCUUCUCUUCUCCUACUUCCUCUUCACACCAGUUCCUCUUCUCUUCUCCCUGAAUCGCGUGCGUUCCUGUUGUCUUGAGCCUUGAAGAAUGAAUUCUUCAUCCGCUUCGUCCUCCCGUUCCAGGACAAUGUCUGCAGGUGGAAAGGCCAGGUGUCAAUGUGGUCUCACUCUCAUCAUCUACACAGCUGGUACUCGAGAAAACCCAGAUAGGAGAUUUUUGAGGUGCAGAAGAUGGCAAUUUCCAGAUUCUUGUGGUUUCUUUUUCUGGAUUGAUGAACCACUUAUGGGAAGAAAUGCAGCUCAGGGAAGGCAUGCUCAAGUUGAAAGUGAUGCAAUGAGUUUAAAUUUUGAGAUUGGUAAUGGUCCUGUCACCUCUGUGCAUGUUCUUCCUGAUUUGAAUAAAAAGAUUAACAAACUCAAGAAGAAGCUUGAAGUUGAGAGAUUCCAGAAGAAGAUUGCAUGCUUGUUCACUGUCCUUGCAAUGAUGGUAGCAGUGUGGAGUUUAUGUAUUAGAAAGGGUUGAAAAGUUUAGUUGAGGGAUGGUAGUAUGGAGUAUGUAGGCUAAGGAAGUAUGGAGUAUGCCUGUAUCUUGUGUAUGGAAGUAUGUAGGCUAAUGAAGUAUUUUGUAUAUCUAUCAUGUACUUAUUGCAAGGAUUCCCUGAAGUUAAUGAAAAGAAGAAUAGUUGUUGGGCUACUAUUGAUGUCAUUUAUUUCUUUUGGUUCACAUUGAACUUCAUUCAUUAUACACAUUGAAUAGGCUCAUUGAAUAAGAUUAAAAUGACACAGCAAAAAGAGGCAUCUAAUUAGAAUUAGGUUAACCAUCAACAGCAAUACAUAAGGAGUUAAACUACUCCACUAGUCAUUGUUUGAACAAAGAUGAAAGGCUAGGAUAAAACAUAGCCUAAAACAUAAUCAAAACACUUAUAAUUCAGCAAGUUGGUGGCCAAAGUAAGUGGUCUACAUACACCCAUAAAUAAUACAAAAAAAGUAAGGGGUCGACCAUAGUGGCCAUGUGGUCCAUAUUCUACUGCUUCAGAACCAUGUGAACCAUUAAAAAAGUUUGAAAGAUUCCCUUGCUUUUUUCAUACACUCAAAAAGCUUUCCCUUCAUCCAAUGCAAGG